AUGGCAACUGCAUCAAUGACAGAUAAAUACUCCAAUACUCCGAAAGCCUUGUUAAAAACCCCGGAUGAUAAAAAUGACGAAAAAUCAGGAAAGAAGUUAACCAUUCUUGAAUCACAUGGGUACACUAUUGGUAAAACAAUAGGUGCUGGUUCAUAUGCCACUGUAAAAAUUGCCAAAUCUGAUCGGCACGAUUGUCAAGUAGCAGUAAAAAUUGUUUCAAAGUUUCAAGCACCUGGUGAUUAUUUAAAAAAAUUUUUGCCUCGCGAAAUAGAAGUUGUUAAAGGUUUAAAACAUCCAAAUCUAAUUCGUUUUCUCCAAGCAAUCGAAACAACCCAUCGCGUUUACAUAAUUAUGGAAUAUGCUCAAUGCGGUAGUUUGUUAGAUAUGAUAAGGCGCCAUACCUUUAUUGAUGAAUUUCGUAGUCGCCGAUGGUUUCGACAAUUAUUAGACGCUAUCGCCUAUUGUCAUGAACGUGGUGUGGUACACAGAGACAUCAAAUGCGAAAAUCUUUUGAUGGAUCGGAAUUUAAAUAUCAAAUUAUCCGAUUUUGGAUUCGCACGUGGGCAAAUGAAACCGAAAAACGGUAUAGCUCCGUUGAGUGAAACUUUUUGCGGUAGUUAUGCUUAUGCGUCGCCAGAAAUAUUGAAAGGUGUUGCAUAUUUACCUCAACUGUCUGAUAUAUGGUCCAUGGGUGUAGUACUUUAUGCAAUGGUUUGUGGUCGACUACCUUUUGACGAUACAAAUUACAGUCAACUUCUAAAGCAAGUGCAAAACAAAGUUAUAUUUCCUAAAGAACCAAACGUGUCUCGAGCUUGUCGUUCACUUAUUUCACGAAUACUUGUACCGCAACGGAUACGAUUGGAUAUUGAUCAUAUAAGAAAUGAUGUUUGGCUUUCUAUGUCUCUUAUUGAAGCUCAGACUUCUACCACUGAUAUUUUAAAGGAUAUAUCUGUAGUACGAAAUGUUAGAAAGACAGCGUUGGAACGUUCCAGUGUAACGUUCAAAGGCACAAAAAAACAUUCAACUGAUAUUGGAGUGGAAAUUAUUGAUGUUCGGUCGUCUGAUUUGAACAUUUCAGAUGAAAAUAACAAUCGAUACCGCCGAAAUUUGAAAUAAAUUUGAAAAUAAAUCUCUUAACAAUAUUUUCUUAAUUUUUCGUA